AACGUUUAUAAUCAUCAUCAUUUUAAUAAUUUCUAAUUGAAGAGAGUGUUCGUAAUGGUUAUUGUUACCCAAAUAUAUUAAAAAAGGUGAUCAUUUAAAACAAAAAAAAAAAAAUGUUACAGUUAAUUAAUUACUUAAAAUGCUCACAAACUAAAUUCAUUUAACAACUAUCCAUCAAAUUUUGGUUUAAAUUAAGUGAUUACAACAUAAGCUUUGACACUAUGAGUACAACAUACUAUGAUCCUGAUGGUUCACAAAGCAUCAAAAGACGACGUUCUACGAAUUUCCGUGAUACUUAUUUAAGAAACCGUGAGUAUGGUUUCCGACCAAAAUAUGGUGACCAAAGUCGAUUACAUUGUGAAAUGUAUACAUCCAUGUAUCCUAUUGCUAAAUGGGAAUAUGAUGUCGUCAGUACUGAUAUUUCAAAUCCUGGCGGUAUUUUCAAUUUAGAAUUCUCACCAGAUGGAAAAAUUUUGGCUGCUGCUUGUGAAAAAAAAAGUUUUAUGUUAUUUGACCCAGUUACACAAAAAUUUAUAACUUCGAUAAAGAAAGCUCAUAAUGACUGUGUAAACUGUAUUAAAUUUUUAGAUUCUAGAAUGUUAGCUACAUGUAGUGAUGAUACAACAAUAGCUCUUUGGGAUGUACGCAAUCUUAAUGAUAGUAUUCGGGUAUUAAGAGGUCAUUCUAACUGGGUUAAAAGUAUAGAAUAUUCUAUUAAAGAUAAUUUACUAGUAUCAAGUGGAUUUGAUGGACAUAUUUAUACAUGGGAUAUAAAUAGUUAUUCUGAAGAAGGUAGAGUUUGCAACAAUUCUGUAUUUCAUAUUAAUGGUCUAAUGCGUAUCAAAAUUCUUCCUGAUUCCAGUAAGAUGGUAGUUUGCACUACUGGGGGUUAUAUUUUACUUGUUCAUAACUUGGAUUUAGAUACAUUGGGUACAGAUAUUGAAGGAUUCAAACCAAAUAUGUAUCGACUAAUGCAACUUAGUAAAACUACUAUUCCUAAUGCUGCUGCUCAUACUCAUAUGUUUUCUCGAAAUAAAAAUCGCGUUGAAUUUAUUGUAGAUUUUCCUAGAAAUGAUGAUGCUGAAAUUAUAUCUUCUAUUCAAUUACAUCCACAAGGUUGGAAUGUAUUAAGUAGAAAUAUUACCACUGAUGAACAAUCUGAGUGGACAUGCAUUCAUGAUAUACAGGAUAUUAAUAGUACUGAAGAACAAGAUGAAACUGAAGAAAUUCAUUCUGAAGAAGCAAAUAGAUUGGAACAUUCCUUAGCUGAUGAUCCAAUGGAAGGAAGAUUACAUAGACGAACACAUGUAGUUAUUCCUCGUGAUAUAAACAAUAGUAACAGUAUACCACCAUAUUCUGUAUUAGGUCCUAGAGGUAAUCGACAAGCUGAUCUUUGGGAAGCUAUGAUGCAAAUAAGUGGUACUCGUAUUAGAAGUUUGAGAUUUUUAUCAGAAGGGCGAGAAAGGGUAUUAGGAACAUAUUCUGGUGUUCGAAUAGUAAGGAGUGCUACAGGUUUGCAAGAUCAAGAUGACUUAGAUGAAUUAUCAAUGGAAGAAAUGGAUAAUAGACCACCUUCAGAAAGACUAGUGACUGUUUUAAUUAAUCGAAAUGCACCAUCAGAUUUACGAACACGUAGUUAUUUUGUAAUGAAUUCCAGAGACAACAUAACCCGCCAAUCAAGACGUGAAAAUGGAGAUACAUUAUUUUUGGUUGGAAAUCGAUCACGACGUAGUAGUUAUGUUCUUAAUCGUAUGAAUAGAUAUCAAGUGCCUAUUGACCAUAAAAUUCAUAAAAAUUCUGAUAGACUUACACAUUAUAUAGAAGAAGCAAAUGUUGGUAAAGGAUUUAUCAAAGAAUUAUGCUAUUCAAAUGAUGGACGUAUUAUUUGUUCCCCCUUUAGUCAUGGUGUCAGAUUACUUUCAUUUUCACCAAAUUGUGAUGAAUUAUCUACAUUAAUGCCAAAAUCCCCAGGUAUCAAAUUACAUGAAAUAGGCACAAAUGUGUCACAUUCAAAUAUUGUUUUGUGUACUAAAUUUUCGCCUGUUCACCCAUUACUUGUAUCAGGCUGUUUAGCAGGCCGUAUUGUUUGGUAUCAACCACGUUUAUAACACACCAUCAUUGUCAUUCAAUUUGUAAUUUUUAAAUGUAUUAUGACAAAGCUAAUCUAUUUUGAGGCUGAUAAAAAAUGUUUGUAGUGAUAAAGAGUAACAUAAAAGAUUUAUUUAUACAAACAUUGUUAUUUAAUAAUUCAAAUUAAAUAAGACACACAGUGCGUUUGUUGACUCCUAUUAUACACUCAUAAACUACAAUAUUUAAAAGUUUCAAAGAUUAUUAAAACUAUCUUUUUUAAUUAAAAAAUAUACAUAUCUCUUUGUAACUUAAUAAGUCAUGUAUUAAAGAAUAAAAUAAAAGUAUAUUUAUUUUAAUAUAAGAUCAAUUAUGUGGAAACCAUUCAUAUGAAAUUUUAACAGCAUAUCCUAUCAAAUACACACUGAGUUUAAUCGUAAAUGUCUAAUUUGUAGGAUAUAUUAAUCAACUUUUAUCUUUACAAACCCAACUUUAUUAGCAUGAUGAUUACCCUUGGAUAUCUAAUUAAUACUUACAUAUAGACAAAAAUCGAAAAUUUUUAUCUCUAUAAACAUACUAUUCUUUCAUUAAACUUUUGUAUAUUAGUUUGUUUUAUUAUUGAUUCUUAAAAAACCAUUAUUUCAUUUUAUAACUUAAAUAUAUCUGUAUAUAUUUAUUUAGCUUUGUAAAAUUGCAUAAGUGCCUUAAAAUAAUUUCUAUAUUUGUAUGUUUAUUCUUAAUUAAUACUAUAAAUUGAAAAUUUCCUAAUAAAAUUGUUCAUCUAUUUAGUUCAUUAAAAUUAGUUUCAUAAAAUACAUAUUUGCAUACACACAUGCAUUUACCCCCAAAAAAAAAUUUCUUGAAAUUUCUCAUUCAAUUACUUUUAAAUUAUAUAUGUUAUAUUUUAUUUUUUGUUUUCAACUUAUGUACUGUGAAUUAAAAAAAGUUUUUGCCUUUCUUUACUUCUAAAAAUGAUAAAAUAAUGAAGUUUUUUGAUUAGCAACAAAGAAUAUAAAAUUUGAGUGUAAAAUAAAAAAAAUAAAGAAAAUGACUAGUUUUCCAUAUGGGUUACCAAUAAAAAUAACAUGUAUGAUAAUUUGUUUUAAAAAUUAAGAGAAGAAACUUAAUUUUCUAUGAAUUUGUAGAAAACAAAAUAAUUGAAUAGUGUAAAAUGAAGUGUGUAUGUAUGUUUUUUAAUGUAUCUAUCUAUAUAUGUAUAUUAAAAUACAAAUGUAUUUGAGAAAUGUGUUAUUUAUGA